AUGGUAUGGCCCUGCGCAUUGUCUGUGACGCGGUACUCUAUAGCAGAAGAGAUGGAAAAGGGUUCUGUUGUGGCUAAUCUCGCUGCGGAUUUGGGACUUGAGCCUGGAGGUUUGGCACAACGAGAGGUAAAACUUGAUAUUUUCCAUAACAAAAAAUAUCUAGAUGUCAAUAAAAAAACAGGUGAGUUGUAUAUCGUGGAAAAGAUGGACAGGGAAUCUCUUUGUCCCACGAAAACAACCUCCUGUUUUCUAAAGCUUGAUGUUAUCAUAGAAAGCCCCUUACGCAUCUUCAACAUUGAACUUGGAAUAACGGACAUAAAUGAUAACGCUCCACAUUUUCGACGAGACAGAGUAGAGCUCGACGUUUCAGAAUCGGCAACACCCGGAGAGAGAUUCUCCCUGCCUAAUGCUGUGGAUCCAGAUGUUGGCAUUAAUACAAUUAAAACAUACCAACUCAGUGCCGAUGAACAUUUCACCAUCGAAAUUCAGACGGGCAGUGAUGGAACUCAAUAUGUUGAUUUGGUGUUGACCAAGUCUUUAGACAGAGAGGAAAAUGCUGUUCAUAAUUUAAUACUGACUGCUGUGGACGGCGGGGUCCCUGUGCGCUCCGGAACUGCCAAUAUUAUCGUUAGAGUGCAGGAUUCAAACGAUAAUCCUCCGCGGUUUGACAAGCAGACUUACACAGUUAACAUGACAGAAAAUUCCCCGAUCGGUACCUUAGUGAUGAAGCUUAACGCUACAGAUCGUGACGAGGGUCUGAAUUCAGAGAUACAGUACUCAUUCACCCUUUACACGUCAGAAAAAACACAAGAUGUAUUUACAUUAAAUCCUACCACAGGGGAGAUAACUGUGAAGGGUACAAUUGACUACGAAGAUAUGAAAUUUUAUGAGAUGCACAUUGAGGCCAGAGACAAAGGGACGCAUCCCUUGCAGGGACAGUGUAAAGUAGUCCUCCAUGUGAAGGAUAUGAAUGACAAUUAUCCAGAAAUUACCAUACAGUCUGUUAAAAACACAGUUAAUGAGAACAUCCCAGUGGGAAGUGUCAUUGCUCUGGUAGGAAUAAAUGACAGAGAUACUGGCGACAAUGGAAAAGUAAGCUUAUCCAUAAAUCAGGACCUACCCUUUAUUCUUAACAAGUCAUCAGAAAGACCCAUGCAUUACAAGCUCAUGGUGUCUGAGCCAUUAGAUCGUGAAUCAAUACCUGAAUAUGACAUCAUACUGAUUGUGACUGAUGCAGGAACACCGCCUUUAUCUGAUAACGAAACAAUAACUCUUCAUUUAUUGGACGUCAAUGACAACGCGCCACAGUUCCCUCAAUCAUUUUAUACUAUACGUGUAACGGAGAAUAACGCACCUGGGGCCUUGCUGAGUUCACUCUCUGCGUUUGACCCUGACCUCCAUGAAAACCAGUAUCUAGUUUAUUUCAUCCUAGAGAAGGAAAUAGCCAACACCUCCAUGUCCAUGCUGUUCUCCAUCAAUCCAGAGAACGGGAACCUUUACGCACUAAAAACUUUUGACUAUGAGAUCGAGAAGGAGUUUCUUUUCCACAUCGAGGCCAGAGACUCUGGCUCUCCUCCACUGAGCAGUAACGUGACCGUGCACAUCAUUAUUGUGGACCAGAACGACAACGCUCCGGUUAUUGUGUCUCCGUGGCGCGCGCACGGCUCUGUGGUGGAGGAAAAGAUCCCCAGAUCCACCGAUAAAGGCUCUCUGGUUGCCAAAGUGAUAGCCUUAGACACCGACUCGGUGCACAACUCUCGGAUCACCUACCAGUUCCUACAACAAGUCACUGACCACAGUCUCUUUGGUUUGGACCGCUAUACAGGACAGAUCAGAACACUUCGCUCCUUCACAGAGACAGACGAGGCUGAGCACAAACUGAUCAUACUGGUCAAAGACAAUGGGAACGUGUCGCUCUCAGCAACAGCUACUGUGGUGGUCAAACUUGUGGAGCCCAAAGAGGCUUUUGCAGCUUCUGACGUUAAAAGUUCAGCCAAAGAUGAGGAGGGGACCGAUGUGACUUUUUAUCUGAUGAUAACUUUGGGCUCAGUUUCUGUACUUUUUCUCAUCAGUAUCAUCGUGCUGAUUGCAAUGCAGUGCUCCAAAACCACAGACUAUACUUCUAAAUAUCUGCAAGAGACUAAUUAUGACGGGACACUGUGCCACAGCAUCCAGUACAGAUCUGGAGAGAAACGGUACAUGUUAGUUGGACCCAGAAUGAGUAUAGGAUCUACUAUAGUCCCGGGCAGCCACGCGAAUACACUAGUGCUCCCUGACAGGAGGAGGGGAUCUGGAGAGGUAAGCUCAUGUUUCGAUUUUAAUUAAAGGUAAUUUUCAUGCACUCACAGAUAAUUUACUGCGGGUAAAAUUAUGUUUAUUUCCUCCUAACAGUCAUAAUUACUUUUAGAAACAUAUAAAACAAUGAAUAUUUACUAUGUGGCCCACAGUAAA